GCCACCACCAGCAACUACGACGCCGACAAGAAGUGGGGCUUCUGCCCAGACAAAGGUUACAGCAUCUUCCUGGUGGCUGCCCACGAGUUCGGGCACUCCCUAGGACUGGACCACUCCAGUGUGCGCGAGGCCCUGAUGUACCCCAUGUACAGCUACGUUCAGGACUUCCAGCUGCACCCAGAUGAUGUCCAGGGCAUCCAGUACCUCUACGGUCACGGCUCUGGCCCCGAGCCCACUGCCCCUGCACCUGUGCCCACCAAGGAGCCUCAGCCCGUGCCCACAGAGGCUGGCAGCACCUCCACCACUGAGGAGGAGGAGGAAACACCAGAGCCUACAACCGAGCCCAUUCCUGUGGACCCCAGCCGGGACGCCUGCAUGGAGAAGAACUUUGAUGCAAUCACGGAGAUUAAUGGGGAGCUGCAUUUCUUCAAGGAUGGGAAAUACUGGACCCACUCGUCCUUCUGGAAGUCAGGCAUCCAGGGCGCCUUCUCCACAGCAGACACCUGGCCCGGCCUCCCGGCUGUCAUCGAUGCCGCAUUCCAGGACCUGCUCACCAAGAGGGUCUUCUUCUUUGCUGGUCAGCAGUUCUGGGUGUUUUCUGGCAAGAGUGUGCUAGGCCCGCGGAGCAUUGAGAAGCUGGGCAUCAGGAAGGGAGCUGGCCGCAUCUCGGGGGCCCUGCAGCGGGGCCGUGGCAAAGUGCUGCUCUUCAGUGGGGAGAGCUACUGGAGGCUGGAUGUGAAGGUCCAGAGGGUGGACAAGGGCUACCCCCGUGCCACGGAUGAUGUCUUCACUGGCAUCCCCCUCGAUGCACGUAAUGUCUUCCUCUACCAAGACAAGUACUACUUCUGCCGGGACAGCUUCUACUGGAGGAUGACGCCACGCUACCAGGUGGACCGGGUGGGCUACGUCAAGUAUGACAUCCUGCAGUGCCCCCAGCACUGA